UCAGCCAGUUGUCGCGCCGACCCUGCGGACGCGCUCGUUGCCUUCGCGGCGCCGUGGCCCUGAGAUGUGCAGCUGCAGGGCUUGCUGGUUCCAGGUGCGUGCAAAGGCCGUCAGGAACCUGAGUGCGAUGUGGAGUGACCUCCAGGGAGAGUCAGAUUGGGAAUCUGUAAUUCUUUCUUCUAACUACCAAGAUUAUUUAUUUAUUUUGUGAUACUGGGGAUCAAACUCACAUCCUUGCACUUGCCAGAUAUCUGUGGAUUUAAAGACAAUAUGGAGGUCAUCAAAGUAUAUCACUGAAGAAUAUGAUGGCUGAAAACAAUUUUAAAAUGCUAAAGAUUCAGCAGCGUGUGGUAGCCAGCAAACUACCUAGAAACAGGCCAUAUAUUUGCAAUAUUUGCUGCAAGCACUUUGAAACACCAUCAAAAUUAGCUAGGCAUUACCUUAUUCAUACCGGUCAAAAACCAUUUGAAUGUGAUUUGUGUCACAAAACCUUUAGGCAACUAGUUCAUCUGGAGAGGCACCAACUAACUCAUAAUCUGCCUUUUAAAUGCAGUAUUUGUCAGCGCCACUUUAAAAAUCUGAAGACGUUUGUGAAACACCAGCAAUUUCACAAUGAAACCUAUCAGAAUGAUGUUAAGCAAGUCAGAAGAUUGCUAGAGGCUAAGCAAGAAAAGCCAGUGCAUGCAGCAUAUAAUACUUUUUCCACAGAGGAGAGAUGGGCAUUACACCCGUGCUCUAAGUCUGAUCCCAAGUAUGGCGCUGUGAAGAGAAAGAAUAUUCAUGCGUGUACAAUCUGUGGCAAGAUGUUUCCGUCACAAUCAAAACUUGACAGGCAUGCACUUAUUCACACUGGCCAGAGGCCUUUUAAAUGUGUCCUGUGCAGUAAAUCUUUCCGACAGUCAACUCAUUUAAAAAUUCACCAACUCACACAUUCGGAAGAAAGACCUUUUCAAUGUUGUUUUUGUCAAAAAGGAUUUAAGAUUCAAAGCAAACUUCUCAAGCAUAAACAGAUCCAUACUAGGAAUAAGACUUUUCAGACUCUUUCAUUAAAGGUGAAGAAUCCAGAAUCAUGCCCCUUGCCUAAUAAGUUAAAUGCAAAGCAGGAUGGUUUUGAAAAUGGUGAUAUGGAUGAAUCUGAGGAGAAUAAUCCACUUGAUGUCCACUCCAUUUAUAUUGUCCCUUUUCAGUGUUCAGAGUGUGAAGAAUGUUUUGAAUCAGAGGAGAUUCUCAAUGGACACAAGUGUUUUUCUGCCAGAGGUGGCAAAAUUCCAAGCAGAUUCAAAAGAAGCUACAACUAUAAAACCAUUGUUAAAAAGAUCUUGGCCAAACUUAAACGUGCUGGGGGCAAAAAAUUAGAUAACUUUCAAUCAGAAAAGAGAGUAUAUAAACAUAAUUUAUUGAAAACUUGUGAUCUUGUUUCUGGUGAACAGAGCUCUGAACAAACUCAGAGAAGAUUUAUGAGUUCUCUUGGCAAACAUGGAACAUAUAAGACAGUUGGCAAUAAAAAAAAGAAAACAUUGACUUUGCCAUUUUCUUGGCAAAAGCAAUUCCAGACCCAAAAUAUGGGAAAAAAUUUAAAAGGUAUCCUUACAGCGGAAAGCAUAUUAACUGUAGAUAACUCAGUGAAUAAUAAAGACUUGUCAAUCAAUGGUUCAUCCACUGAGGAAUUCUUAAAUAACUGUGAAGGGCUUCAGUGUGAUUUUUCAGUUCCAAAUGAAAACAUACAUACUGGACAUAAAAUGUGUCCCUGUGAUAAAUGUGAGAAAGUAUUUCCUUCUAUAUCCAAACUACAAAGACACUAUUUAAUUCAUACUGGACAAAGGCCUUUUGGCUGUAAUGUUUGUGGGAAGUCUUUUAGACAGUCAGCUCACUUAAAAAGACAUAAACUAACUCAUAUUGAAAAGAUUCCUUAUAGAAGAUCUUUUUGCCAAGUAGAAUUUGGAAAUGUGAACAAACGUUACAUUCAUCCAAGUGAUAAUGUUAACUAUAGUGCUUCCCAACAAUGUCAGGCUCUUGAUUUUCAAAAAUACGAGAUUUCAGAGUUAGAUCAAACAUCUGAAAUAGAAGUUAAGACAGAAGCUGAGGAUUUUGAUACCUACUGUAGAAACCGGCAGCCCUAUUUCUCUGAUGCACUUUUGGAAUCAGAUCAGAGCCAUCCUCAUUUCAGUUAUUCAGGGGAUCCCGAGAGAAAUGAUGGCCUCCUUUACCAGUGCAGUGUUUGCUGUAAAAGUUUCCGAUCUCCAUCUAAAUUGGAAAGACACUAUCUAAUCCAUGCAGGUCAGAAACCAUUUGAAUGUUCAGUUUGUGGCAAAACAUUCAGACAGGCUCCUCACUGGAAGAGGCAUCAACUCACUCACUUUAAAGAACAACCAUAGGACAAGGUAGUUGUAUUAGAUUCAGUUAUCUACCUGUCAAAACCACUAACAUUUGUAGUCACUGCUGGUCUUGUAUCUUUUAAACAUUUUUAUCACAAGGCCUGCAUUAGAUUGAAUGGUUUCAUGGGAAAUUGCUUGUCCUGUGGUGAAUUACAGAGGAAAUGAAUACAGUAUUUUAAGAGCAGCCAAUUUAAUUUUCAGAGGGAAGAACAUAGCUUGAUGCCAUAAACAGAAUUUAUUUUGGCUGUAUUGAAAGUUAAAAUCCAUGAUCCUGUACAAGCAGUUCAGACACAUUUUUAAAAGGAAUUAUUUCUUUGAGAUAUGUCAUCUCUUUUUAGAUACACAUACUUAAAAGAUAGGGAAAAAUUGCCCUGUAGCAGCAAAUAGCGUUUAUAGUUCAUUUAUUUUACCUUAAAGCAUAAUUUAUCCACUAUGGCUCAGAUUUUAUCGCAAAACUUUUUUCUUGCAAUUUGAAAAACUACAGUAAACAUGGAUAUGGAUGGAAAAUUACAGCAUUAUUUCACUGAUCUUUUCAAAGCCAUUUUUUGGAUUAUGUGAUCAUUUCACCUCUUUUGGGUGCUCAGGUGAUGAAAUUUUUAUUUUAUUUUCAAUCCAGGGUGCUACUGAUUUCCCCAAAAGAAUUGAAAAGAGGCUAAGAUGCACCUAUAUAACAUUUAUCAUGUUUACUUACUGGGAAUAUUUUUCAAGUGCCAUAAUCUUAUAUAUGCAGUUUUGUCUUUUUAGAGUGAUGAAGGCAAUUCAUUUAUUUACUUGUUAAUACAGUAGUUGACACCACUAGUCAUAAAUAACACUCAGCUAGAAGACUAUUUCCGUAAAACAUUUACUUUAGUGAGACUUUGUUUUAAUGCCUCUUUCAGUGGUCCUUCAAUUUAAGGUUGAUCUAAGGUUGGUCAAAUGUCAGUGACCAGAGAUAGCUUUAGUUUGUAUUCCUUUAUGGCUCUGCAAUAUGCUAAUGCUAAAGAAUGUUACUUUGAUCUUUUUAAAAUUUGGUCUUUUUAAAAACUUUUAAUUAGUAAGAUAACCAUUGCUGUUUGGGAAUAAGAUAACUACAGCGUUGAAUGUAUCAUAUCUAGACAGAGUUGUGAUAAUUUGGAAAGAUGUAAUCCUAAACUAUGAGGAACCUGUUUCAUCAUUAUCCAUUGUCCUUCAAAUUUGGCAUUUGUAAAAUCUUUAGGAAUGACAUUUUGUAGCAAUAAAAGAAAUGAACCAUUGUGUCUCUAAGGUGUAGAGAAAGCAGAUGUGUAUUCAUCUUAGCACAUUUAAAUAUGGUGAAAGCCUUCUUUUGAGAAUGUGGAUAAAUGAAUAAUUGUACGUUUACAUCGUGCUCUAAGAUCUGUCAUAGGGGUACGGGGAUUUGGGUUGGCUUGCUUUUAUCACAGAUGAGUUUUAAGUAACGAGUUUAAUUUAUAGAGAUGAAAUAUGACACUAUGAAUAAAAUACUCAAUGAUGUGUAAAUGUGCCUGUAUUUUAAGGAGAGAUGCCCAGUUGAAGCAGAAAAUUACAAGCUUUAGAAAAUACUUUGUUUGAAAUAUAUUUCUCCAGUGCAAGCAAGAUAAGUUUACAGAAUUUGCUUUACCCAAAACUUCAAGAACACAUUUAUUAUAUAAAGGCAAGGAGUAACUAGUUCAUAUUUUCUUAGGAUAAAAGUUUAAGAGUGGGGCUGGGGAUUUAGCUCAGCGGCAUAAGCGCUUGCCUUCCAAGCAGACAGUCAUGAGUUCGAUCCCUGGUACCGAUAAAAAGGAAAAAGACCAAAAAAAAAAAAAAAAAAAAAAAAAAAAAAGUUUAAGAGUUACUUCAUUAGCAUGCUUGAAAUCAUGGUUUUUAGUAUUUCCCUAAAUUAUUAAAAAUUUUACUUGAAGGAAGUAUCUUACAUACUCCUUUCACAACCCAAACAGGGAAAGUUUUGAAUGUUGUAUUUGUAUGACUCUGAGACUUUGUCUAAGUGAUACUACUAAUAUAUUUUUUUGCCCAUGCCUUUUUAAGCUGUUUCAUAUUGAAAGUUGGUAUAUUGUAAAGAAUUUUGUCAAAAAUGUUCUACAGUGCUGUUUGAAGUACCUGUAACAAAAUACUUUUAUCAUCUUUGCAAGCCUCUUAUGGAAACAUUAUAGAAGUGAAAAUGAAGCAUGAAUCCAUGUUAAAAAGAUUAAACAUGUUAAAACACAGUUUACUGCAUGCUGGACCUGUUAGUGUUGUGGAAUUAGUUACUUUGGUUUUCUGGGAAAAAAAUAAACUUUAUAAUUAAAGAGAAGUAGAAUUUUUUGUUUGGCUGAUUCUGGGCUGUAGGAAGAUUAUUUACUGGAAGAAUGUGAUUAGCUGACUUUGAAUUAUUGAUUUUUGUUUCAUAGUGCAAUAGGACAGAAAAUUUUAAGAUAAAAUUGUAUGUGCUGAUGGGAAGUGGAUGGUAGAUAAAAUUCUUGAAAAACAAAUCUCAGUACCAUGGUUUGAAAACUUUUUAGGUUAUACAAUUCAUACUUUUUCUAAAAAGAAAAAUCACAGUACUGCAACAAGGUACUGACUUGACUAUCAAACACUUGCAUAGGCUCAGUUCAGUUUUGUACUAAGCUUCCCUGGAUAGUUAAAAAUUUACUUCCUUAUUUACAUUUAUUUGAUAGUUACUUGUCACUUACAAAAGACUGUGUUUACUCCAUUGCAGAUUACAUGCUCAGUCUGUUUGUUCAUUAACCCAUCCUUCUCUUUGGCCUUGCCCUUAGAUUUGUUCUGAAGAAUUAAAAAAUUUGUUUCUCAAAGAA